AAGGCGUGCUUGUGUGGUAGUGUUUCUUUUUUAAAAGAAAAAAAAAUCUCCAAGCCAAGAAGAACAAGCUGAAAUAGCGACUUGAAAAUGGAGCGUAAAAUAAUCAGAAGAGAAAAGGAAAGGGAGUACGAAGGGAGGCACAACAGCCUGGAAGAUGCUGAGCAAGGCAAGAACUGCAAAUCCACACUGAUGACCCUCAACGUUGGCGGAUAUCUAUACAUUACUCAAAAGCAGACACUGACCAAGUACCCAGACACUUUCCUUGAAGGUAUCGUAAACGGGAAAAUCCUCUGUCCAUUUGAUGCGGAUGGCCAUUACUUCAUAGACAGGGACGGGCUUCUCUUCAGGCAUGUCCUAAACUUCCUUCGAAAUGGAGAACUUCUACUGCCCGAAGGAUUUCGAGAAAAUCAACUUCUUGCUCAAGAAGCAGAAUUCUUCCAGCUCAAGGGGCUGGCAGAAGAGGUGAAAUCCAGGUGGGAAAAAGAACAGCUGACACCCCGAGAGACUACUUUCUUGGAAAUAACAGAUAAUCACGAUCGUUCACAAGGACUGAGAAUCUUCUGUAAUGCUCCUGAUUUCAUAUCAAAAAUAAAAUCUCGCAUUGUUCUGGUAUCCAAAAGCAGGCUGGAUGGGUUUCCAGAGGAGUUCUCUGUUUCGUCAAAUAUCAUUCAAUUUAAAUACUUCAUCAAGUCUGAGAACGGCACUCGACUUGUACUAAAGGAAGACAACACCUUUGUCUGCACCUUGGAAACUCUUAAGUUUGAGGCCAUAAUGAUGGCUUUAAAAUGUGGGUUUAGACUGCUGACCAGCCUGGACUGCUCCAAAGGGUCAAUUGUUCACAGCGAUGCACUUCAUUUUAUCAAGUAA